AGCAGCGCAGACCCGGUCGGCACUUGGAAUAAACAUCGUCGCGAUAUUACUGCCCUCUGUCCAUCUUUAUUAUUAGCGCUUCGCUCCGCCCUCCUACCUGUAAAUCUCCCCGCUCUCCUCUGGAGCGGAUCUGACAGGCGCUCUCAGCUGGCCGCUCCGUGCCAGGGCUGCAGGGGAUCGAAUGGAGACAGGGACAUCCACCCGAGCGCUAGUCCUUUUUACGCAGAAUUGACAGCGAAAACACCCGCAAGAUUAUGUAGUCUUCAACGCUGUGGAGACAGCUACCCGAUAUUCGAAUUAAAUUAUCUCUGUGUGUUUUUAUCGUUUUGUUGAGCCGUUCACAGUCGAUUGACGCUUAAAGAAAAGUGAAAUCGAUCGAUCGAAUCCUCCGCCCGCUGAUCGACAGGAUCCCUGAAUGGAAGACGGCUGAAGAGGUCGCCUCGCCGAGAACAGGCUGCAAACAUUUUUCACUGUCGUUGUGUUUACCGAUACUCGACAUAUCAUUGGCAGCCUCGACGGCUGCAAACGACGCCGUCUUCACCAUGUCUUUUGGCGUGAGAGAGCCAGAAACCCCCUCAGACUGAGACGCGGUUAAGAUUCGUCAGUAUUGCGGAUUUAAAUGCCUCUCACCAAGGGCCACCGACCCGCUUUUUUGGUCAGGUUUGCGUGUGCGGUGUCUCACGCUGUCACGAAUAAACAAUUCAUAGGCUGCUAAAAUACAGAAAGCGACUCAUCGGGUGGGUGAACAUAAUCUACAGCGAAGAGGGGGAUUUUUUUUAAGCAAUAUGGCUGGUGAGUGGGGCUGGGGACGCUGGCACAGGCUCUCCAAGGCUCCUAAAUGCUAGCUGAGGCAGAUGGCACCGUUCCCCAUGGAAGCGACAGCUCUAUGAGGACAAGCAAUAUCAAUAAUAAUAUAAAUCCGGACUCUUCAAUCUUAAUAUCCAAGAUGGAAGACGUUGUCAUCCCGUUCUCGUCUGAGGUGCCCUGCGACAAUAAUGGACAGCGCAUGUGGUGGGCAUUCCUCGCCUCCUCCAUGGUGACGUUUUUUGGGGGUCUCUUCAUCAUCCUGCUGUGGAGGACCCUCAAAUAUAUGUGGACUGUGUGCUGCCACUGCAACAUCAAACACAAGGAGGCUCAGAAGGUGAACAAUCCUGCCAACAAUCCGGCAACAGACAAACCAAAGGGUGAUGAGAAGGAGGAGGUCCCAGUCAGCGAGGUGGGAUGGAUGACUUCAGUCAAAGACUGGGCUGGCGUCAUGAUCUCCGCUCAGACACUCACUGGCAGAGUUCUGGUGGUGUUAGUCUUUGCGCUCAGCAUCGGGGCCCUUGGAAUAUACUUCAUAGACUCAUCAGAUCCUAUAGAAUCCUGCCAGAAUUUCUACAAAGAUUUCACGUUACAGAUCGAUAUGGCCUUCAAUGUAUUCUUCCUUCUUUACUUUGGCUUGCGGUUUAUAGCAGCCAACGAUAAGCUGUGGUUCUGGCUGGAGGUCAAUUCAGUGGUCGACUUCUUUACUGUUCCUCCCGUGUUUGUUUCUGUCUACUUGAACAGAAGCUGGCUCGGUUUAAGAUUUCUGAGAGCACUAAGAUUGAUACAGUUUUCAGAAAUUCUACAGUUUUUGAAUAUCUUGAAAACGAGUAACUCCAUCAAGCUGGUUAACCUGUGUUCCAUCUUCAUAAGUACAUGGCUCACAGCAGCUGGAUUUAUACAUUUGGUCGAAAACUCAGGGGAUCCUUGGGAAAACUUCCAGAAUUCCCAGCCACUUUCCUACUGGGAAUGUGUCUACUUACUGAUGGUGACAAUGUCUACAGUGGGCUACGGGGAUGUCUAUGCAAAAACCACCUUGGGGCGCCUGUUUAUGGUCUUCUUCAUCCUCGGUGGUUUGGCCAUGUUUGCCAGCUACGUCCCUGAAAUCAUAGAGUUAAUAGGAAACCGAAAGAAAUAUGGUGGUUCCUAUAGUGCGGUUAAUGGGAGAAAGCAUAUUGUGGUCUGUGGUCAUAUUACCCUCGAAAGUGUCUCCAACUUCCUCAAAGACUUCCUACACAAGGACAGGGAUGAUGUCAAUGUAGAAAUUGUUUUUCUCCAUAAUAUUUCCCCUAAUCUUGAGCUGGAAGCCUUGUUCAAACGCCAUUUUACCCAAGUAGAGUUCUACCAGGGAUCUGUUCUCAACCCUCACGAUCUCGCCAGAGUGAAGAUCGAGUCUGCAGAUGCUUGCCUAAUUCUCGCCAAUAAAUACUGUGCGGAUCCUGAUGCUGAAGAUGCCUCCAACAUCAUGAGAGUUAUUUCGAUCAAGAACUACCAUCCGAAGAUCAGAAUAAUUACACAGAUGCUACAAUAUCACAACAAGGCCCAUCUGCUGAACAUUCCAAGCUGGAACUGGAAGGAGGGUGACGAUGCUAUCUGCCUGGCGGAGCUGAAGGCAGGCUUCAUUGCCCAGAGCUGUCUGGCCCAGGGCCUGUCCACCAUGCUAGCCAACCUCUUCUCUAUGAGGUCCUUCAUUGAGAUUGAGGAGGACACAUGGCAGAAGUAUUACCUAGAAGGGGUGGCUAAUGAGAUGUACACAGAGUAUUUGUCCAGUGCCUUUGUUGGCCUCACCUUCCCCACUGUCUGUGAGCUGUGUUACGUGAAGCUGAAGCUGUUGCUUAUUGCCGUCGAAUACAAGUCUGAGCAGAGAGAAAGCAGAAGCCGAAAGCGCAUCCUCAUCAACCCGGGUAACCAUGUCAAGAUGCAGGAGGGAACACUGGGAUUCUUUAUCGCCAGUGAUGCCAAAGAAGUAAAGAGAGCAUUUUUCUACUGCAAAGCUUGUCAUGACGACAUCACAGACCCUAAGCGGAUUAAGAAGUGUGGCUGCAAACGACUGAUUUAUUCCAAGAUGUCCGUCUACAAACGAAUGAAACUGGCAUGUUGUUUUGAUUGCGGCCGUUCAGAGCAAGACUGCUCUUGCAUGUCAGGCAGUGUACAUAGUAACAUGGACACCCUUCAGAGGGCCUACCCACUUUCCUCUGUCUCUGUUCAUGAUUGCGCAACCACUUUACGUGCCUCCAAAUAUAAGUAUAAUGGAUAUGUCAGAUCACCAGCAGAUGGCGCUACAACACCAGGGAACAGUGGGAGUCAGAAAGAGGCUGGCGUUCGAUUCAAAGCUGAUUGCAAUUUAGUUGAAGACGAGCAUCCAUCAACUAUCUCGCCCAAAAAAAAGCAGCGGAACGGAGGGAUGCGAAACUCACCCAACUGCUCGCCCAAAAUGAUGAGUCGGCACGAUCCCCUUCUAAUUCCUGGAAAUGAACAAAUCGAGAGCAUGGACAUGAACGUGAAGAGGUAUGACUCGACAGGGAUGUUUCACUGGUGCCCAUCAAAGGACAUCGAAAAAGUCAUCCUGACCCGGAGUGAAGCCUCCAUGACAGUACUGAGCGGCCAUGUGGUGGUCUGUAUAUUUGGGGAUGUCACGUCCGCUUUAGUGGGGCUGCGAAACUUGGUGAUGCCUUUAAGAGCCAGCAACUUCCAUUACCACGAGCUAAAACCAAUAGUCUUUGUGGGCUCGCUGGAUUACCUGCGGAGAGAGUGGGAGACUUUACACAACUUCCCUAAGGUCUCCAUCUUACCUGGUACGCCAUUAAGUCGGGCAGAUUUAAGGGCUGUCAACAUCAACCUCUGCGACAUGUGCGUAAUACUGUCAGCCAAUCAGAACAAUAUCGAAGAUGCCUCACUGCAGGAUAAGGAAUGUAUCUUGGCAUCACUCAACAUCAAAUCUAUGCAGUUUGAUGACAGCAUCGGGGUCUUACAGGCUAAUUCCCAAGGUUUCACGCCUCCUGGAAUGGACAGGUCAUCUCCAGACAGCAGUCCAGUACAUGGCUUUGUGCGUCAGGCUUCCGUCACCACCGGAUCAAACAUCCCCAUCAUCACAGAACUAGCUAAACCUGGCAAACUACUGCCAUUGGUUUCACUCAUUCAGGAAAAAAAAAGUGGAACCAACAUACAAAUGAUAACAGAGCUGGUGAACGACUCAAACGUUCAGUUCCUGGACCAAGAUGAUGACGACGACCCAGACACAGAGCUGUACCUCACCCAGCCCUUCGCCUGCGGCACCGCCUUCGCUGUCAGUGUACUCGACUCCCUGAUGAGUGCGACAUAUUUCAAUGAUAACAUCCUCACACUGAUUCGGACGCUGGUCACAGGGGGAGCCACACCAGAGCUGGAGGCCCUGUUGGCUGAGGAGAACGCCCUCAGAGGAGGCUACAGCACACCGCAGACGCUGGCCAACAGAGACAGGUGUCGCGUCGCCCAGCUAGCCCUCUACGACGGGCCAUUUGCCGACUUGGGGGAUGGCGGUUGCUACGGGGAUUUAUUCUGUAAAGCACUGAAGACGUACAACAUGCUGUGUUUUGGAAUCUACAGAUUAAGAGACGCUCACCUCAAUGCACCGAGCCCGUGUACAAAAAGGUAUGUGAUCACGAACCCACCGUACGAGUUUGAGCUCGUGCCCACAGACCUGAUCUUCUGCCUCAUGCAGUUUGACCACAACGCUGGCCAGUCCCGGACAAGCUUGUCCCACUCUUCCCACUCCUCCCAUUCCUCCAGCAAAAAGAGCUCCUCCGUCCACUCCAUCCCGCCCUCCAACCGGCAGAACCGCAGCAGUAAGACCCGAGAGGCCCGCGACAAACAGAAUGCAACAAGGAUGAAUAGAAUGGGCCAAGAAAAGAAAUGGUUUACAGAUGAACCAGAAAAUGCCUACCCACGGAACAUUCAGAUCAAGCCCAUGAGCACUCACAUGGCCAACCAAGUCAACCAAUACAAAUCCACUAGUAGUCUGAUUCCACCGAUCAGAGAAGUUGAAGAUGAAUGCUGAACACAGGGUUUUCUUGCUGACUCACCAGACAUCUGUACGCUCUUUCAAAAGAGAUGGGAGAUCACCCAUGGAGGAUUGAUGACGACGAUGAUGAUGAUGAUGAUGAUGACAGGGAUGUUGAAGACUGACACAUUUCUCUUCACUCAUUCUUCUCAUCAAGGGUUGGACAGAAACCCGAACUGGAAGGGACCUCCUAUGUGUAUACCUUUAAUGUUACUUCCAUGCUCUUGGACAUUGUUUUAUUUAUUAUUGUAUCCAUAGUGAUGUACAUAAUGACAAUCAAAUAAGGAUUGUACAGCCCCUUCCCCCUAGCACUUUUUGGAAUUAUUUUAAGAGUUGACAAAAGAAAAAGAGUACUUCCUGUAAUUCUUUGCAAUAGUUCACCUCUUCGUGUGACCAGACUCCAUUGCUAAGGUGGCUGGUUCUUGGAGGAUGAGGGUUGCAGCGAUAAACUUGAUCAUAUCAUCUCCCAAAGAUCCGCCCAGAUGCGUCAUGUCAAACCAGCUGGGUUCAUCAACUUCACAUCUCCUGUCUGCUUCUGUUCUAUUUGCACUAAAACUGAACAAGUUUCUUUUGACAGAACAACUGGAACCAUCAGAGCCCCCCCAAUAAAAUGUCGCUGAGGAGGAAAUAAGGAAGGAAGGAAGGAAGGAAGAGGGAGGGAGGGCUGCUUGGCUUCGGAGGCAUACUAAUCUUGUUCUUAGGUUGUUAUACAUCAUGUCAUUGCUUAAGGUUUGCUACUUCACCGUUGACUCGUCAUGCUGAGUGAGAGCAUUCCAGUCCUGCAGAACAAAAUCAUCUUGCAAAACAGUAGUCUAAAAACUCAGAGAAUGGUGCAGUGUUGCUGGCUGAAAGAGAAACCUACAUGUCUUCUGCUGAUACGUCAGAUCAUAAAGCCUGUGACUCUGUUUUCAGCUCCUAUCGCAUGAUAUGUGCCUGAGCCCCCUCUCUAACAGAAACAGCGCGGUUGAUUAACCUGAAUACAUGAGAGGGAUGAAAAACAACCUACCACUGUCCUUCAUGUGUUCAGGAGCAUUUAUGUUAUAUAUGUGUGUGUGUGUGUGCAUCGCAGCCACUCAUCCUGAUCAGUCAUCUCCUUCAUCGCCGUGUAUGUGAUGGUGCACCUUUGAAGGAGCAGCAUGUUGGAUCUUUGCUCUGAAAAUGAAAGUCAUGGUAGAAAACAAACAGUAGACGAGUCUAGAGGGUUUGGAUCUACUAACUAAAUUAUGUUGCAUCAAAAAUCAAAACCAAAAUCCCCCAAUAUGUUUGAGCUGAGCUAACACGAACAGCAGCUGCGUGUCCACCGUUGACUUUUUGCCGUGAUAACCACGGCAGAAUUUGGGAUCACAAAGAAGAGUGGUGUAUUUUCUGAAUGUUUUGUCUGUUUCAAAAAGUUAAUGUCUAAGAAAAUAAAUGCCACAUAUCGCAAAAUAGUGGGCAUUUAAUGGGUCCUCCUUUGAUCAAAGCACCUGCCUGGCACAGGGUUGGCACAGAGGCAAGAAAGAGCUUGGAUGUUCUCUGUUGCCAAUCCAGAUGUCACACGCCUCAAAACUCUCAGGAGUUGCUGUGCUGCUGUUCUAACGUGGCAAAAUGCUCAAACAUGGUUGGGUGGAAAUGCAACAAUCCCACAGACUGCUAAUAAGGAUACUGGAGAGGAACCAGUGUUCUUUAAGCUAGCCUGUGCAACAUGAGUGUGUAUCUUGCACAUUUUGGCACUCGUAGAUCCAAACCCAGCUGUGGUAGUGAUGGAGAAAUGAGGUGGUAGCCUCCUAAUACAUUAACUUCAUGCAAAUAUGUAGUUGGAUUUAUACAUUUAAACAUAAUUAUUUUGCAUCCAUAAGCAUAAUCAAUUUGUACUUAUUUUUCUAGACAAGAACUAAGUGAAAAGUACUAUGGGAGAUGAAAAAAAAAGACUUAAUAAUAUCUUUAAUUACAACUACAUAUCAAAGGAUUUUGUCUUUGACUAUAUCAUCAUUUAUUUCACAUCGUACUAAAACAAAAGAUUAUUUUUUUAUCCUGCUGCCCCCCUGUUUAACAAAGUGCAUCACUCUGGAGCCAAUAAAGCUUCGACUAGCUUGCAUUGUGAAACCACCAUCUUCAGCCUGGCAGCUCAGCUCUGUUGAGUGCUUGUAGAAAUAGAUUAAGGCUCAUCUGAAGCUGCUUUUAGUUGCACAGAUGAGUCCUGUCUAGUCAGUAAUCUCCACGCCUACUACUAAGCAUCCCUAGCUGCAACAUGCAGGUGGAAUGUUAGGCGAAAAGGAAUUCAGUAUUGGGGGGUAAAUGUUGUAUUUAGAUGGAGAGCAGAUCAGAGUGGUAAUAAUAACCAGGAGAUCGUAGAGUCGCUCCUUUGUGUGCAGGCCAGAACUGAAUGACCUUCAUUAGAUGUGUUUGACCUAAAUUAGGUCCCUAGUCUGUAGGAAGGGUAUGUACACCAAAGCACAGUGUGCUGGUGGUUCAAAUAUGACGGGGAGACCCAGUCUGUUUAUAGCAGUGAUUCUCCUCUACAGACUGUAAAGGAAAAGUAAUUUAAAACAAAAAAAAAAAAGAAUAUUUGGAAUAUGGAAAACAUAAUAUUGUGCUAAAUAUGUUUGUGUAAUUUCAACCCAUUAUAUAAACCACAUUUCUUUUUCAAACAAAACGAUCUGAGCUUUAAUGUCCGUCUAUUGGGUGUGGUGCAACUAUACUGAAGCCUCAUACUCAUUGUCCUGAAGUGAACUUUUGAACUGUGAUUACAUCGUUGUCACACUUUGUAGCAAAUAGAUUUCUUUUCAGAAAAUAUGUGAGUAAAAUGUAUGUAUAAUUGGGUUGUUAACGGCACACUUGCUAGCCGGAACAAUAAGGAACUAUUAAUAUUUGAUAUUGGAAAUAACUCAGUAUUAUACACAAAAACGACAACCUGAUUAUUAUGUUGAAAAAAAAAAAAGACAAAUGUGUAUCUUAAAAAUGAAAGAUACUUGAUGGGAAAUAUUCACGUAGGAAAAGUCAGGCGGAAUUUGAUCUGGUUUAUCCGCCAUCACAAAGAUGGAAGGUAGCGCCAAUACAGCAGAGGUUAUCAAAAGAGAGAACAUCCUUAAUUUUCCUGUUUUUAUUACUUUGUGUUAUUAUAGGGUUUACAUUCCAUUUUGUCAGCUUGUCAUCUGUCACAAUCUGUCACAACUGCUUCUUAUUUGUUUACAGAGUAUUUUAUGAGGUACUUAAACAUAGCAUUGUUCAGAAAUAAAACGGCACAUGCUGCAAACUGGCAUUAACAUAAACUCACAAAGUAAUGCACCAUUUGUUUUCAUUACACUUGAUUACUGUGCUUUUUCUACCUGAACCCUCAUUGUGCGACUCAUUCAGGCUGGCAUUAUUCACAACACUGGACUGAGAUGUCUCUCCUUCCUACACCUUGUCACAUGUCUCUGUUAGAUGUUUUUAGGUCUUUGCAUUGUAUACCUCUAAAGUUUUUAGAGUGUUUUUUGAAGUGCCAUGAAGAGUUUAGUUGAGCAAGCAUCCUUCAGUCAUUCAGGGACACAUGCUCGCUUUGAGGGAGCUGAGUCCCAAGUGUUCCACUGUGAGAACGGUGUCUUGUACUGACAUGGAGAACAUCCAAGCCAUCAAUGCCUCCAUGUCAGUAUAGUGCCAGGCAGUGCAGGAGGUCAAGAGGAGGGCCCAUAUAAAGUCCCACUAUUGCGAAAAGUGGCAUUCAGAAGGCCUGAGAGGCAGCUGGGGCAGACUGAUAGGAGCCUUGGUCAUCAAACCACACAUAUCGUCUCCACUAUGUGAUUGGUUAUAGGCUAUCAGGUCUUGUCGUGCAGUGUAGUUAGAUAUGGAUGACUGAAAGAUGCACAUAGAGGCACAUGCCUGUAACAUCAGAUGUGUUGUGGUCCACUGAACAAAUCAAAGACUAUGAUGCGUCAUAUGUUACUGUUACAGUAUGUUGCAUUAUUUUUGUUAAUCUAUUUUUUGCUGUAAAGGAUGGAUAUAAUAACUUAUUUGCUGGGAAUUGUACUAGAUAUAAUAGAACAUAUAAUACUUAUGGGGAUGGGAGGUGGGUCUCAAGUCUUAACAAUACAUUAAAAUUGCAUUCAGCAAUUUUUUUGUUGUUUUUUUUUAAGAAAAGUUGCAAUUUUUGUUAAUUUCUUUUGGCUGCCUAUCAGUUCAGGAAGAAUUCAGGACAUUGCUCUUGCGUAUCACAGAUAGGAUUUGUUGGCACAUCGUCAUUGCAGCAAACAGGAGUUUGACAUUGCAGUCUAAUUAGUUUGGAUGUCUUCUAGAUAUGAUGGAUAAAUGGAUUAUUUGAUGGUGCUUUGAUCUACCUGACUCUGUCAAAUAUAAUCUGCUGAUAAAUAUACUGUCUUGUACAAAAAGUUUGUACAUAGAUUGUACAU